AUGGAAGCGCAAGUAUCAAUCACGCCCCCUGGAGAUGGGCCUGGAGAUGGUGGCAGUCUUUCGGCGCUAGCAGGCAAGCGAAGCACACUUGGCAAGCUUAUCUCCGGCACAAAAUUGUUCAUGUAUCAUCGCGGUCGUUUGCAAGCUGCGUUUUUGGAGAAUGUCUCAGAAGAGAUCAUUCAUCUGGAAAAGAAGAUAACGGGGUCCUGCGACUCACCUCUUUGCUUUCAGACUGGGUCAGAGCAGUUAUACGACUACAGGCAGUAUAUACAGCGACCCAAAGGACCCAUGAGCACUACAGAGAGACGUGUCUCUUGGGAUCAAUCUGAUAGUCUGGAAGCUUAUCACGUAGCUCUUAUCGGUCAUGCAGCACAUGCUCAUGGCGGAAUUCGUGCUACUGGAGGGUCUAUCGCCAUUGACAACGCUUGCACCUUGUCACUUGCUAUUAAUUCGGUCUUUCCAAUGACAGCGACCGCCAGACCAGCAACAUAUGAGCUAUCAAAGGCGCUGAAGCUAUAUGAGAUGAUCCGGAAGCUUACGCUGAGCGAUUAUCGAAAAAGAAUAUUGACUGACCAAGUGCUCAAAUAUUUCUUUCCACCUCAAACUUCCGCUUUUCGUCGGCGUGAAGAAGAGAAACGAAGCAAUGAGCAACGAACAAGCUGGGAGUUUCAGGGCCCAGAAAAAGACAAGCCUAAAGAUGCAUUCAAUAAAACUUCACGUGCCAAAUACAAUUCGCUUACAGCAGCCCCACUCCAGCUGGGCCUUGUCUUCUCCAAACAACCACCUCCAGAAAACAUGAACGACGCGACCCAAGAGAUAAACUACGACACCACCAAGAUGAAUGACGACAGCGAUAUGUCGAUGUUUGCUUUCCGCGACAUUCACUAUAUCCCCUUCGGCUACUCCGGGACUCUCGCACCAUACAUAGAAAGUGGCCCGGGAACGAUGCGCGCGGCAGCUGAGUUGAUGGGUUUAGGAGCUGUAUUGCAGGACGGCAAGGCUGCUGCAACUGUCAUUUGUGAUCUUGGCUGCGGCGAUGGUGAAUUCCUUAUUGGCCUACUCGAUCAUGUCAAUGGCGUCGCAAACAAUCUUUCCAUAGCCCAAGGCGUCGGAAUCGACUACGAUACAGAGCUUAUCAGAACAGCAGGCGUCAACUCCUUAGCGAGAGGAGUUGACUCACAGUGGCUCGUCUACGACUUCAACGAUGAUCUCCAGGAUCUUGCUCGCACUCUUAUUGAUGUUCAUCAUAUCACUCACAUGUUCAUCUACUUGGUGCCGAAGCAGCUGGCUCUGAAGACUGUUCGACAGUUCUACCCAGAUUUUCUAACGCCGACGAGGCGCGAUGAUGCGAUGAAUCUAGUCGUUUACGACAAAAUGGGAUGA